GGAAAUCACGACUUCCUGAACAGUCCGACCGUAGAGUCGGUGACGGCCUAUAAGAACCAAUUCGGUGACGACUAUUUCACCUUCUGGGUCGACGGCUGUAUGUUUAUCGUAAUCAAUGUCCAGUUUUAUAAGGAUCAUACAAAUGUGCUAGCUCUUUACGACGAGCAAGAUCAAUGGAUUGACAAACAGCUCCUGGAGGCCAAAGCGGGCAAUUAUAAGCACGUGGUUGUCUUUCAACACAUCCCGUGGUUUCUGAAUGAUAUAAAUGAACCGUUGGAUGAAAUGUUCAACAUCGAGAACGUGACCCGACACAGAAUGGUGGACAAAUUUCACGCGGCGGGAGUGCGGGCCAUAUUCGCCGGCCAUUAUCACCGCAACGCCGGCGGCCGUUACAAAAACAUGGAGCUCAUAGUGACGUCGGCUAUCGGCGCCCAAUCGCCACCCCCUCAACAAAAUGCCAACUCUGGCUACCGAGUGGUCACCGUUGAUGAAGAUAAAAUUAGUCACAAAUACGUUGACAUUAAAGUAUCGAGCUCAAAUUCGGUGUUUGAUUUUAACCUUGUUCGUUUUGCUGAGACCAGAUGUCCGCCGUCGGCCACCAGAGCCGUACCGGUGAUGAAAGAGGACUCGUCUGAAGCCAAAUACAGGACCGCGUGUGCGAUGUCUGACCCCUCGCCGUAUCGGCCGACCGGAUACAGGUUAGCGUAA